UUUUGGCUUUUCUCUAGCGAUUUGAUGUGAACACGUUCUUCUCCAUCCCCCUUCUUCCACCCGUCUUUUCUCUUUGUCACGGCACAAGUUUUGUCGUUGAAUACGGUUAUAUAUGGUGAUUGUAAGGCCGUCAGAGUGAAAGUCUUGCGAAAAAAGAAACCUAGGAAUUUGAAUCGAAGGAACGAAAAUGGCAGCGAAUGGACCUGUUGAUGAUCAUUCGGGUCGGGUCUUGGCCGGACCGACGAACCCGAUGGUUACUCCUCUGCUUACGGAUCUUUAUCAGUUCUCCAUGGCUUACGCUUACUGGAAAGCCGGCAAGCACAACGAGCGUGCUGUGUUUGAUUUGUAUUUUCGGAAGAAUCCUUUUGGUGGUGAAUAUACAGUCUUUGCUGGUUUAGAAGAAUGCAUAAGAUUCAUUGCAAAUUUCAAACUCAAAAAGGAUGAGAUUUCUUUCAUACGUGAAUCCUUACCUGGUUCAUCUGAGGAUGGCUUCUACGACUACCUAAGGCGACUGGAUUGCUCUGAUGUUGAAGUAUAUGCUAUUCCAGAGGGAACAGUUGUUUUCCCUAAGGUCCCUCUUCUGAGAGUUGAAGGACCAAUUGCUGUGGUCCAAUUGCUGGAAACUCCACUACUGAAUCUCAUCAAUUAUGCAUCACUGGUGGCAACAAAUGCAGCACGACAUCGAUUUGUAGCUGGGAAAUCCAAAAUGCUUCUUGAGUUUGGGCUUCGGCGAGCUCAGGGGCCGGAUGGUGGAAUUGGAGCAUCAAAAUACUGCUAUAUGGGUGGUUUUGAUGCAACAAGCAAUGUUGCGGCUGGGAAAUUGUUUGGGAUACCUCUUCGUGGAACACAUUCCCAUGCAUUUGUUAGCUCAUUUAUGAGUCCUGAUGAGAUCAUAGAGAAAACGCUUCGAAGCUCUGAUGGCUCAAGUAGCUGUGAAGAUUUUGUGAGUUUGGUUCAGACAUGGUUAAACAAGAUUCAGCGUGCAAAUUCAUCACACGGAAGUUUUGGUGAGACCAAUCAAAGCGAGCUAGCUGCUUUCACUUCUUAUGCGUUGGCUUUUCCCAAUAACUUUUUAGCUCUUGUCGACACUUACGAUGUAAUUAGGAGUGGAGUCCCCAACUUCUGUGCAGUUGCUCUAGCACUCUAUGAUAUGGGCUACAAGGCAGUAGGCAUUAGGUUGGACUCAGGUGACCUAGCAUAUUUGUCUUCUGAGGCCCGAAAGUUCUUUUGCAUGAUGGAAAGAGAAUUUGGAGUACUGGAUUUUGGCAAGAUGAGUAUUACUGCUAGUAAUGAUCUGAAUGAGGAAACUUUAGAUGCAUUAAACAAACAGGGUCAUGAAGUAGAUGCAUUUGGAAUAGGGACCUAUCUGGUUACUUGCUAUGCUCAAGCUGCUUUGGGUUGCGUUUUCAAGCUUGUCGAGAUAAACAACCAACCUCGCAUCAAACUUUCUGAAGAUGUUACAAAGGUCUCAAUACCAUGUAAAAAGCGGUGUUAUAGAUUGUAUGGCAGGGGAGGCUACCCUCUUGUGGACAUAAUGACAGGGGAAAAUGAACCGUCUCCUAAGGUUGAAGAACAAAUCCUGUGCCGUCAUCCUUUCAAUGAGUCGAAGAGAGCUUAUGUGGUUCCUCAGCGUGUGGAGGAGCUUAUGAAGUGUUAUUGGCCUGGGAGCGCAGAUAAAGCACGAGAAGAGUUGCCACCUCUAAAGGACAUCAGAGAGCGAUGCAUUAGACAGCUUGAGCAAAUGCGGCCUGAUCAUAUGAGGAGACUUAACCCAACACCCUAUAAGGUGAGCGUGAGUGGAAAAUUGUACGACUUCAUCCAUUUCUUAUGGCUCAAUGAGGCACCAGUUGGUGUUCUGCAGUGAGAAUGGGGUUAAACAGGAGGUUGCACGGAGCAGUGUACAAAUACAGGUGAACUGACGUUCUUGAUGUAGCUGCCAAGCUACUUAUAAAAUCUAUAUUGGAUUCUUUAGUUCAUAGAAUAAUUGAUUGCUCAAAUUUUAUUGUGAUUGAUUUCUCUCCAUGUUGAAGAAAUUCUCAAAUUUUCAGUCAACUGCAUUUUUAAAGUAGUUAAAAUCAAGGGAGUCCUAUGGUUAGCUAACAUGUCCUUGAGCAAGGGCAGACCCAAGAGUUAAUAUUAUUAGAGUAGGGAAAAUUUUAGUGGUUGUCAAUUGCCAAAAACACACUCCACGUAUUAUAUGGGUGUAAGAUUUGCGUACUUCUUGUCUAUCUCCGAUUUCAUCUA